UAUUUUUUUUCAGAAAUCCUGUACAAAAAGCCUUACAAAAUCCGUCAUAUCAGACAGAAAUGAUGCGUAUAAACGAAAGAGCUCUAGAGGAAGAUACCGGAAAGAGCAUGUACAGUGAAAUAAAUGACGAAAAGUCUAUCAAAGAAUCUCGGGUAUCCCCUAUUUGGAAGAAUGGAAAUAUUCAUGAGAAUAAAGAUGGUGUAUACAACACGUUGAAUGAAGCAAACACUAUGGACAGAAGUGAGUACUACGAUCACACCAGACCAGGAGCCUCGUUUUCAACACCGGCUGAUGGAUACGGGACUGUGACUUUGGAAUACGAUCAAGCCAGUAUAGAUGCCUCAGUAUCGAAACCAUCUGACGGAUACGGGACUGUGACUUUGGAGAACGGUGGAAACGAUACACAUCCAAAGGAUAAGUCUGUGGUUGAAAAGGAUAUAAUAUCUAGUCAAGAAGACAAAACAGAUGAAUACUUUGUGCUCGAAAAAAUACAGUGAAGAAGCGUUAUGAAUUACUGAUUUAACUUUACAUCAGCUUAUAAUGUAUGUAGUGCAUUGAUAUGAUAAAAAUUGUUUAACCUACGGGUAUUAUGUUGUCAAUGAAUGUACGUGUAGUUUAAGUGAAAUUGAAUUUGGUGCUGUUUGAAAGAUAAUAUAAUUAUACACUCACAAUCAAAGAAGAAACACAACAACCUGAUUUAGGGUGAAAAUUAUAUACGGGACAUAACUAUGUACCAAAAAAGUUAAGGACAUCUUUUACUUUGCCAAAUCAGUUAUUUAACGGUUGAAUGAUUUUCAUUCCAAUACCGGAAGUUGAUUUUUAGCCCUCUUAACAGAAAUCAAAUUUGCAUUUUUGAUAA